UGGAAACCAUUUUUUCCAUAUUUCCUCCAGUGUUGGCUUGCUCGCUCUGGCAGGCUUGCUUCACAUUAUUGACGAUUCCCAACGCCGCAAACAUUGUUGGAUUGAACCAGGGGCAAACUCUCGACUUCUGGAUAUCCUCCUUUCUGAGAGCCAGCGUUGGGAAACGGUGUUGAUGUCACCCGUGCAUCGCUGGAAUUCUGACUUCAACACAUCUCAGUUGAGAACCUUGGUGUGCAAUGACUCAAAUCUCAGGGGAAUCAAUGCACCAAAGCUUCCCCGCCUACACCUCAAUGGGUACUUUUAUCCCAACGUCCCAAAUGGACAGCCCACCCUUACUUGCAAAUAUCUACGUCUGCAUGCCGGUUCCGCGUGCACUAUAUGCUCUGCUAUAGCCAGUUUCCCUCAUUUGGUGACCAUCGUGGUUGAUGAAAUCAUAGGCUUUCGUUAUGGGAAGGUUCCUAUCCCUAUAAGUAGUUUGGUGCUUGAACCAAUGACCCUCGUUCUCCCCUACUACUUCUUGCUGGAGGACAUCCAGCAAGAGUUUAUCAAGAUAUUCACUCAACUUCAUCUUCCCAUGUUGCGGAAAUUGACUCUGGUGGGAGCGCCGGAAAAACUACAUGUUGAUUGUCUUUUGGCAAUGCUAGCAGUUGCAUCUUUCCAGGUGCCGGUGGUAGACUUUCAGACAAGCACACCACUGAGCACAGUUCAUAUGAACAAUAUCGUGCCAUUGCUCUCAAUUGUGAGAGAGGUUACUUUUUGUGGAAACUUGCCUCAAAUCAAUUGAGUAUCGGAAUUCGCGAGAAAUCGAAGCUAUCCUUCUCGAUACAGAUGUACAUACAUACAGGCAUCCGAUUUUCUUGUGCUGCAAUCACCUGCAAAUCAUACCUGGUCUUGGUGCCUUCA